UUUUCAAUUUAAUUUGAUUAAAUCAAGAAUUAUAAUAAAUAUUUACAAUUAAAAUAUCGUUAUUUUAAAAAUAGAUUGUUGUAUUACCAUAUUUCAGAUUAUAUAAAUAAAAUGAAUUUAAUAAUAAAAAUUAUUUUUCGCGUUAAACGGAUAUUAUUAAAAUUAAAUUGUCAGUCCUAGACUUUCAUUUCUGCUGCAGUUAUAAUAAUCAUUGAAAAUGGGUUUCGAUUGUUAUUUUGAAAUAUUAUUUUAUAUUGUUUGUGUAACUAUCAUACCUCCUUAUUCAGAUGAUCAAUUAACGUCAAGUAACAAUAACACAGAAGUAGAAGUUAAUCCCUUAACAACACUUUGCACACGUAUAGUAGAAAAACAAUUAUCACCGUAUGUUGAUGGAACUAUUCCUACUAAGAAAGUGAAACAAGUUGGAAACCGAUUUCAGUUUAAAACAUUGAUAACAUACGCAGAACGUCAUAAAAAUGAUAAAUUGAUUAGAUAUAUCGAUUUGAAACCAAUUUUAGAAAUGGAGUAUAAACGAUUCAUAGAACUUGAAUCAUUUUUUAUAAGAUCAUUAAUGGCAUAUGAUUAUGCUGGAAGGGGCGUAGUAACUAAACGCGAAGCAUAUAAUACUAUGGCGUCUAUCAAUUUGUUUGGAAAUAAAUUAUUAGGCAAUUUUAUUAAAGAUAUUCUCGUCAAGUAUACGUAUGCGGGAGAUGAAUUCAAAUACAAAGAUAUGUUGAAAAAAAUUAUCACGGAUAUUGGAGACAAUAUUAUUAAUUCGUCAAAAAAAGGAUGAUUGUUUUUUAAUUUUACAUGUCUGUAAUGAUUUUUGAAUGAUUUGUAAAAAUAAAAAAAAUAUUUUUCAUAUAUUA